GCAAUAUAGUUAGUAAAGAAAAGAAAGAAAAGAAAAGAAAUGGAAUCUCCAACGCUAUCUCCUCUACAAACAUGCCUAGUCCCUCUCUGCGUCUCCUCUUCCUCUUAUCCACGUCGAGUUUGCUCUCAUCCACAGCGUUCAACCUCACCACCCUCACCUUCUCCCAAUCCUACACUCCCCUCUUCAGCGAUUUCAACAUUAAGCGAUCCCCUGAUGACAACGCCGUCAGCCUCCUCCUCAACCGCCUUUCUGGCUCCGGCAUCAUUUCGUCCGAUUAUUACAACUAUGGGUUCUUCAGCGCCAGCAUCAAGAUGCCCUCCAAAUACACCGCCGGCAUCGUCGUCGCAUUCUACACAUCGAAUGUGGAUACGUUUGAAAAGAACCACGACGAAUUAGACAUCGAGUUUCUGGGAAAUGUGCAAGGACAUGCAUGGAGAUUCCAGACCAAUUUGUAUGGAAACGGCAGCGUUUCGCGUGGGAGGGAGGAGAGAUACCGCUUGUGGUUCGACCCCAGCAAGGACUCCCAUCGCUACAGCAUUCUCUGGACCCCACAAAACAUCAUAUUCUACGUGGACGAGAUUCCAAUACGUCACGUGAUUCGCAAUGCGGGCAUGCGAGGCGACUACCCCUCGAAGCCAAUGUCUGUCUACGCAACCAUAUGGGAUGCGUCAUCUUGGGCCACGAGCGGCGGCAAGAGGAAAGUGGACUACCGACACCAACCCUUCAUCGCCGAGUUCCGAGACCUAGUCCUCCAAGGCUGCGUCGUUGACCCCGUCGAUCAAUUACAAUCCAGCAACUGCACCGACCAUAUUGCGGCGUUGAUGGUGGCAGACUACUCCACCAUCACUGCCGACCGCCGCAAAUCCAUGCAGUGGUUUCGCCAGAGGUAUAUGUAUUAUUCCUAUUGCUACGACAAUGUAAGGUACCCGGUGCCCCCUCCUGAGUGCGUCGAUGUGCCCUCGGAGAGGGAAAUACUUAUGAAUGGUGGCAGGCGGGGUGCUGGAAGAUCAAACGGUCGCCGUGGUAGGGGCGGCGAGCGGCGGAGCAAGGGAACCAAGUAUCAAGCUGCUCGCUGACUUUUACCUACGUAUCGACUGUAGCGUAGACUAGGCUAGCUAGACUGCAUGUGCUUCUACCUUUUGUAACUAAAU